AUGGGUGAAUUCGGGGUGUACCUCCGGCUGCUUAUCUUCGGGUUCCUCCACGCAGCAUCGGCCGCCUGCACCCAGAGGGAGCUGGUGGGCGCCGUGGGGGGCGCCGUGACCUUCCCCGUGUGCCACGCACUGCAGCAAAUAGACACCGUGGUCUGGACCUUCAACACCACGUUCCUCAUCAGCCUCCAGCGCAACGCCACCCACACGCACAAGAUCGUGGGUCCGACGCAGAAGCGGCCCCGGCUGAGGCUGGUGCCCGGGAACUACUCCCUGCGCCUGAGCCGGCUGCAGCAGGCGGACGCGGGCACCUACCGCGUGGAGCUGCACAGCUCUGAGCAGCCUCGGCCCCUCCUGCAGGAGUACACGCUGCUGCGUGUCUACGAGCCCCUGCCCAGGCCCGAAGUGAGCAAGGUCCUGUGGCACACGGAGAAUGGGACCUGCCUAGCCAACCUGACAUGCGCAGUGCUGCAGGAAGCUGCCGUGACGUACAGCUGGGAGUCAGCCAACGGGACCUGGGGGGGCCCUGUGCUCCCCGUCACCUGGGGACCAGGCAGCAGCGACCAGCAUUUCGUCUGUGUGGCCAGCAACCCCGUGAGCAGCAACAGCUCCCACCCGCUGUCUGCCAGGGAGCUCUGUGGAGAGCCUGAUGGCCAAGCCGGCAUUCUCCUGGCGCUGUUGCUCCCCCUGACAGUGCUCCUGUGCUGUGUGGUACUGGUAGCGGCUGUGCGCGCAGUGGUCCUGCUUCUGCGGCGGCAAAAGUCUGCAGAGCCCGCUGGAGAGAAGAGGGAGUCGGGGACUUUCUCUCACAAUAGGAUGUCGGCAGAGUACGACUCCGUUCUGCAUUUGCCGGUCAGUCCGGUGAACACGCUGUACUCAACUGUGCAGGUCCUCCAGAAGAAGGACAAAGCCCCCUCACUGCCCGAGAACAGGGACGCACCCAGGCCAGUCAUCUAUGAUGAAGUCAUCUAAGCAACACAUGUGCCCCGCCCCCGCGCCCCGAGAUGGAUCUCUGGGCCCCUCCUGCCCCCCGAGCCUCUGCUAAGCGCCGUCGUCCUGACUCAGAGUCCUGGACCAGGCUGACACGGCAGCCCCACAGGGACACCGGGACAGCCCAGGACGCCCCUCCUGGAGUUGGGGUCCGAGAGAGCAGAAACCACAGGGGCCCCCCCACUGGCCAGACCUGUGUGCUUCAGGGAACUCAGCCCUCAGGGCUGCCCACCCCUCACCCCUCACCCCUGUCAGG